AUGGGUGAUCAACCUCAAAUAAUUGUCACUGAACCCGAGUUGGCUAGGGAGAUAUUAACAAAUAAGGAUGGAAUCUACAAAAAAUGCAAGCCUUUAAAUUAUGUUAAGAGGCUAUUGGGAGAUGGCCUUGUUGUAGCAGAAGGUGAAAAAUGGUCCAAAUUAAGAAAGCUCUCUAACUAUGCUUUUCAUGGAGACUCCUUGAAGGACAUGGUUCCUGCAAUGGUGGAGAGUGUGGACACUAUGUUGGAGAGAUUUGAAGGGAAUGUAGGUAAAGAAAUCGAGAUAAGCAAGGAAUUCAAGCUUUUAACCUCGGAUAUAAUCUCUAAGACUGCAUUUGGGAGCACCUACGUUGAAGGCCAAGACAUAUUCGACAUGCUCAUGAAGUUGGUAGUUUUGAUCACAAGAAAUGCUUUCAAGAUCAGACCUUUCGGCCUCAAGAGGAUUUGGAGGCCAAGUGAUGAGAUUGAAGCUGACAGAGUUGAGAAAUCACUGCGUGAUUCAAUUGUAUCGUUGGUUAGGAAGAGGGAAGAUAUGGUUAGGACAGGGCAGUUGGAAGACUUUGGUAAUGAUUUUCUUGGAGCCCUCAUGAAGGUUAAUCAUGAGGUUGAUCCCAAGAUUAGGAUCUCAUUAGAUGAUAUAGUUGAUGAGUGUAAGGUGUUCUUCAUUGCUGGACAUGAGACCACCAGCAGCUUGCUGUCAUGGACAGCUCUUCUGCUCUCCAUCCACGAGGAAUGGCAAGAGAGAGCGAGGGACGAGGUGCUUCAUCUCUUUGGAAUGGAUAAACCCACUGCACAAGGCCUUUCUAGGCUUAAAAUUCUGACUAUGAUUCUGAACGAGGCGUUGAGGCUGUACAGCCCGGUUCUUGCUCUCACGAGAAAAGUAGGGCAAGAAACGAGAUUAGGAAGGUACAAGAUUCCUGCAGAUGUUGAGGUGUACAUUCCACCAUUAGCACUGCAUAGGAAUCAUGAAAUAUGGGGGAGAGAUGCUCAUCUGUUCAAGCCUGAGAGGUUUGGUGAUGGGGUGGCUAAGGCCGCGAACGGGAAUCCCACGGCCUUGGCCUUCCUCCCAUUCGGGGCCGGCCCAAGGGCAUGUGUGGGCUUGAACUUUGCAGGUGAUGAGGCGAAGGUCGCGCUCAUCAUGAUCCUGCAGCGUUACAAGCUCACGCUCUCGCCAAACUAUGUCCAUGCCCCUUUUCAGCUUCUCACUGUCAAUCCUCAACAUGGAAUUCAAAUCAUUCUGUAAUCUGCGUAGAAUGAAUGUGUGCUGAUCACUUGGUUAAAAAAAAAUGUAAUUUUCCCUUUUAUAUGUUGAUAGAAACUGUAUUAGUUCUAUCUCAUUCUACAUUAAAAACAUAUGUAUCCUAGGAAACAUCUAAUGUCACUUUCAUUGCCUUGUUUGCCUGA